AUGUCUUUGUUACGUCAAGCCGUUAGACCUUCAUUGAGAUUGGCCACCAGAAGAAUCGCUCCAGUAGCUGUUCGUUUCAACUCAUCAGCACCAGCUGCUGAAAAAGCACCAGUUGAUCCAAAAAUUUCUGCCAUCGUUGAUCAAAUUUCUACUUUAACUUUAUUGGAAACUUCUACUUUAGUUUCUGAAUUGAAAGAAAGAUUGAAUAUUCCAGACAUCUCAUUCCCAGCAGCUGGUGCUGCUCCAGCUGCUCCAGCUGCUCCAGUGGAAGAAGAAGUGAAAGAAGUUGUUGAAGAAAAAACCAUCUUUUCUAUUAAAUUAGAAUCUUUUGAUGCCAAAUCUAAACCAAAGAUUAUCAAAGAAGUCAAAGGUUUAUUAGGUUUAUCUUUAGUUGAUUCCAAAAAAUUCGUUGAAGCUGCUCCAAAAGUUUUGAAAGAUAAUGUUGCUAAAGAAGAUGCUGAUAAGAUUAAAGCCACUUUAGAAGGUUUAGGAGCUAAAAUUGUUUUGGAAUAA